AUGAUUAUCCCACUUGGAGUUAGCUCGUUGUUGCUUCUGCUUUCCUCGACAGCCACCGCAUCAUCCUUCGUGCCUCGACAAUCGUCAGUCACCCAACGACACAACGCUUUCUACCGAACGCCAGGACUUGCAGUGCAAGGUGGAGCUGACGAAGAAGUUCCUCUUCCAGUAGAGUCGAUUCCAGUCGAUGAGGUUCCUGUUUAUUCAGCCCCAGAAGCUGCCCCAGCAGCUCCUGUAGCCGUGGCAUCUACACCAGCAACAUCGCUCCUUGGACCCAACGCAGCUCCUCCAGGGUUUUUGCGAAAGACCCUUCCAUCCUUCCCUUGGCACAGACUCCCAGAUUAUCUUACUUAUGCCCGCUGUUUAGCCAUUCCUGCCUUGGUCGUUAUCUUUUUCAUGCCUGGUUUGCACAUUGAAACUGGUAUCCUAUUUGCUUUUGCUUCCUUCACAGAUUACCUGGACGGCUAUUUGGCGAGACGCUGGGACAUCACUAGUGCCUUUGGUGCCUUUUUGGAUCCAGUGGCUGAUAAACUCAUGGUCAGUACUGCCUUGAUUCUCCUUGCCGGACGGUAUGGCAAGGCAGUUUCGAUUCCAACUUCUAUCAUUCUUGCCCGAGAAAUUGCUGUCUCUGCGCUUCGAGAGUGGAUGGCACAACGAGGACAGCGCGAUGCUGUCAAGGUUGGAAUACAAGGAAAGAUUAAGACUGCAUUGACAAUGGUCGCAUUGACAGUCUUGCUCUUUGUUCCAGCAGCAGGUGGUCAAGACAUUCUGCAAAAGCUUCGUUUCCCGGGGAUGGUGAUGCUUGACCUUUGUGCCUUGGUCACUGUUACCAGCGGUAGCGUCUACUUUAUCGCUGCAGCACCCCUCCUUUUUGCAAGUAAUUGA